GCACAGUGUGUGCUACGCUAGCAGAGUCGGCAGUGGAGUAGUAGUAGUAGUACUAGUUUGGCUGGCAAGCACUCGCUCGCGCGUCGUCCAUGGCCAUGGCCACCACUUGCCUCUCGCCUUUCUUCCUCCUCCCACCAAUGGCCAACUAAGCGCACGCUCUCCCUUGAUUCGCCAUUGCUGAACGGAGCUGCAAGCUUUCGAUUGCUGAGUUAAUCGCCGACGUCGCGGCGGAAAUGGCUUCCCGUUCGUCGCGCGGCGAGCGCGUCGGUGUGGUGUUCGUCCUCGUCGUCGUCGUCCUCUGCGUCGACGUCUCCACGCUGGUGGCCGCGCAGCCGCUGGUGUCGUCGCAGGCGAAGACGCUGCUCUGGGUGCGCCGCCUGCUGGGUUUCCCCCCGGCGCUCGACGCGCUGGCGGGGGCACCCGACGCGUGCGCGCUGCCGCCAACGCCGUCGCUCACCGUGGCGUGCGCGGGCGGGCAGGUCACCGAGCUCUCCGUGCUCGGCGGCCGCGCGCCCGGCGCCGCGCUGCCGGCCAACUUCUCCGCCGACGCGCUCUUCACCACGCUCACCCGGCUCCCGGCGCUGUCGCGCCUCACGCUCGCGUCGCUCGGCGUCUGGGGCGAGCUCCCGGGCGCCAAGCUCCACCGCCUCCAGGCGCUGCGGGUGCUCAACCUCACCGGCAACUGCCUCUACGGCGCCGUCCCCGAGCACUUCUCGCGGAUGUACUCGCUGCAGAGCCUCGUGCUGUCGCGGAACAGGCUCAAUGGCGCCGUGCCCAACCUCUCCGGGCUCGCGUUCCUCGACGAGCUCGACCUCGGACACAACAGGCUCGGCCCGGCGUUCCCGGAGGUGGGGAACGCGGUGGUGCGGCUGGUCCUCGCCGACAACAACUUCACCGGCAGGAUUCCGGCGGCGAUGAGCUCGCUGGGCCAGCUCCAGUUCUUGGACGUGUCCGGCAACCGCCUGCAGGGGUGGAUCCCUUCCUCCAUCUUCGCGCUCCCGGCGCUGCGGCACAUCGACCUGUCGCGCAACCAGCUCGCCGGGCAGCUGCCGGCGAGCACGGCGUGCGCCGACGCGCUGGCGUUCGUCGACGUCUCGGACAACCUGCUCGCCGGGGCGCGCCCGGCGUGCAUGCGCGGCAACUCGUCGGCGCGCACGGUGCUCGACGCGGGCAACUGCUUCCGCGACGCCAGGUCGCAGCGGCCGAGCACGUACUGCAACCCCGGCGCGCUGGCCGCCGUGCUGCCGCCGGCGCAGGGGACCGGCGGCGAGCAGGGGUCGGGCGGGAAGGGCGGCCAGGUGGGGAUGGCCCUUGGCAUCGUCGGCGGCGUCGUGGCCGGCGCGGCGCUGAUCGCGCUGGUGAUGAUGGCCGUGCUGAGGAGGGCGAGGAGGCAGAAUCCGGAGGUGAGCGUCUUGCCCAAGUCGCCGCUGGCGUCGACGCCGGCGGCGAAGAAGAAGGCGGCGGCGGACGGCGGCAAGGCGCCGGCCAAGGUGACACAGAGGAUUGUUACUCCUGCUGAAAAGAGGCAUGCAUCACAAGCUGCAAGGGUGAAUACACUAGAAGUACCAGCCUACCGUGUGUAUACACUUGAGGAGCUCCAAGAAGCAACCAACAACUUUGGUUCAUCCAACUUGAUCAAGAGUUCUCCUGUUGUUAAGCAUUACAACGGUCAGCUUCAAGAUGGUUCUAGAGUGUCACUGAGAUGCCUGAAGCUGAAACCCAAGUAUUCCCCUCAGAGCCUGACCCAAUACAUGGAAAUUAUUUCUAAACUUCGACACCGCCAUUUGGUUAGCAUCAUCGGUCACUGCAUUGUUGAAGAUCAAGAGAAUCCUAAUAUUGCUAGUUCAUUAUGCCUCCUUUCUGAAUGCGUAACAAAUGGAUCCCUAAGAAGUCAUCUAACCGAGUGGAGGAAGCGUGAGAUGCUAAAAUGGCCCCAACGUGUUUCUGCUGCCAUUGGUGUCGCCAGAGGGAUCCAGUUUUUGCAUGAUGUGACUGCUCCGGGCAUUGUACACAAUGAUCUAAGCAUCGAAAAUAUUCUUCUGGACAAGACACUCACUUCCAAAAUCAGCAACUUUAACCUCCCGUUGAUAUCAACUAGCAAGAAUGGCAAGAUAUUCUCAGAAUCCCCCUUUGCCACAUCUGAAGACAAUGAUCUCGGCAGCGUGCCAAGCACAGAACAAGGGGACAAGGAUGACAUUUACCAGUUCGGCCUAAUUCUUCUGGAAGUAAUCACAGGCAAGCCAACAGAGUCCCCAAAAGACCUGGACUCCCUGAAAACUCAGAUAAGUGAAGCUAUAGCUGAAGACCCAGAUUUAUUGAAAGACAUGGCGGACCCGACGAUCCGCGGAACGUUCGCCGUCGAGUCGCUGAGCACGGUGGCCGAGAUAGCACUCAAUUGCAUUGCCAGUGACACAAGCAGCCGGCCCUCCAUUGAGGACGUCCUCUGGAACCUGCAGUACUCCAUGCAGGUGCAGGACGGUUGGGCAAGCAGCGAGAGCCUGAGCCUGAGCACCAGAUCACAGGGAUGAGUAAGCACAAAAAAGAGGGGCAAUUUCACUUCUCCGGGUCAAGCAAAAAGAUGCAAUUUCACUUUCAGAUUGGUUGCGAUUUUGCUGUAAAAGGGUGAGUUUGUUGUGCUGUUUCGUUCCUUUUCCUGCGAUUUUGCUGUGGGAGAGGUGUGUGUGUGUUCGUCCUUUUCCUUGUGUAUAGAAGUUCUCUUGUUUUUUUCCUCUUGUUGCUCAAAGUUGUAACAUUCCAGCUAGAGCAAUUAAGACCAAAAUUAUUGGACCAAUAUUACUUAUGGUGAUCUGGGGACAGCAUUUACAUCUCCA